CUGUCACUUUGACAAAUAAGAUAUUUUGUAUAGUAUUGUCUUGAGUUUUUUGUACGUAAGAAUUUUAUUUUAUUAUUAUUUAUAUUACAUGUUGAAGUAUAAAAUGUUAUCAAAUAACGGAGAAAAAUAUACGCAAUGCCCUUGUUGUAAAGUUUGUGCGGACUGCAGUGGCUUGAAGGAAACUGUAGAAGUGCAAGGCGCUGGUCCUGUAAGCUACCAACAAACACAACCCAACCAACUCAAUAAUAACAUUGAACUUGUGAAAACGAAUUCAACGGGUGAUAUAUUUGUUUUGCAACACCCUACAGACAAGAACUUAGCAAUGUUUGGUCACAUAUCGACACAAGAAUUACAAAAUAUUGAUUGCCCUCGUUGCAAAUAUAUUAUUGAACAUGCAGAAAAGCGGAUGCAGGCUAAGGAAUAUGUUAGUAAAAAUGUUGCGAUAGGUGUUUGCGAUCACUGUCGUAAUAAAAUUAACCUACAGAUUCCGUGUUACGAAAGCGAAGAUAUUACUAAAAAGUUUAUAACCAGCUCUAAAGAGAAAAGCGACGAUUUGGAACAAAAACGUAGAACAUGGCUCUCAAAAGUUAAACAUUUACACAAAGAUGUGAAAAUCGAUGCAGAAAUAUCUGAUACCCAAAUUGAGGGCCCAGCACAUUUUCAAUCGCAUCUCAGUAAAUUACACGGAAUAAUAUACAACGAUCAUACGUUUCGUAAAGUGGAAGACCCAAAGAUAAAAAUACGAUCUAAACCGAUAAGAAAAUUUGAAGAGAACGAAAUUAGUACAUCAAAUAUUAAACAAGUAUACAGAACACGGUCAUUUGAUUCUUAUUUACAAAAGCUUGAAAAUGCUUCAAACUUAACAGAUACAUUGAAGUUAGGAAAACGGUAUAGGUCUAAACCAGAUCGUAUAAUGUCACCUGUUAGGCGUGAUGAUGCUUAUUCGGCUGAUAAAACGUAUACUCAUAAACCUGAUCAAGAGAAGAGACUUGAUAUACAAGAUUUUAAUAGUUAUCAUCAAACAUUUAAAAAAUAUAUUUCCAAACCUGAGAAACCAACGCCUCGUGGCUAUGAUCCCUUUUACCAAUCUGACAAAAAAUAUGUCACUAAAGAUGAUUUUAAAAAGUUAUUUGAUACUGAAUAUUAUGAUAUUCAUUAUAGAGAAGAUAAAAAAUAUGAGCCCGAACCUGGGCCUAGAGCAGUAACUGAUGUUAACGAGUAUACAUCUCAUUACCAGCAACAAGAAAAGGAGUUUGUAACGCCUUUUGACGAAGAUAAGUUAUUACAGCAAAUAUAUUUAAAACGACAUCCUUUAGAUAUUAAGAAACCCAUAAAUGUAGGGGAAGAAAUAGAUAAAAACAAGCAAGCCCCGAAAUCUGUUAAAUUAACUUUGGAUGAUACGUCACUACUGACAGGAUCGAUAUAUCGAACUAGAUCGGAGACAUCUAUGCUAGAUUUGGAAAAGGUAUCUGUACCUAAAGGUAUUAUUAAAAGUGCCACAGAAUUAUAUAGUGAACGCAAACCAAAAAUUGAUUUCACAAAGUCUGAUGAUUACAUUGAACAUUACGUUUCGUCCACUUUACCUACGCCCAAAACGGUUAAGGAGAAAAAAUAUGCAGAUAUAACUUCAGUGUAUUCUUCGCCAAAUAAGAAAUACACUUCGAAAGAGGCCUUGUCCUCAAAAAAUAAUAUCAAAGAAAGAACUUAA